AUGCCGACGGUGCCCUUCGCUGGUCAAGUGCGGAUGGAGUGGUACCAGUCCGUGGAGCAGAUCCACUUCACCUUCUACGUCAAGGACCGCACAGUGGACGACGUCGUCGUGACGAAAACGGCCACAUCGCUUGAGGUGGUCAUCCGCCUCGAUGACAGCGGACGCGAGUACAGCUGCAGCUACGAUCCGCUGUUUGCGGAGCUGACGGGUGAUGCCGCGUCCAUCUCGGUGCGUCCCAUGAAGGUCGAGGUCUCCGUGGUGAAGGCCCAACCGUACCAGUGGCCGGCUCUGGAGCGCAAGCCCAGCGCGGAUGGCGCAGUGGUGGCCCCGACCUGUGGCGAGCCAGAGAUCCCGCUUCCUGCAACGGCCAAGGACCUCAAGUACCCGAACAGCAAGGGCAAGGACUGGAGCGCGCUGAAGCUGGAGGUGGAGGAGGACGCAAAGCCGGAAGGAGAGGCGGCCCUCAACAAGCUCUUCCAGCAAAUCUACGGCGACGGUUCCGAUGAGCAGCGCCGCGCGAUGAUCAAGUCCUUCACGGAAAGCGGUGGCACGGUGCUGUCCACUAACUGGGACGACGUGAAAAAGAAGAAGGUGGAGGUUCAGCCGCCAAAGGGCAUGGAAGCGAAGACUAUUUCGGAGUAG